AAAUAAUUACAUUUUUGACAACAAAAAAAAAAAAAAAAAGUUCAGAAAUUACAAUGGACCAUAUACAUUUUUUGGAGUUUGGACACUGAGAUUUUCAGAUUCUUGUCUGUGGUUAAACCUCGGAACCAGAGAGAGAUGGUAUGGUCUUAUUCACUCACUUUCAUUAAUAAACUCAUCUCUCUCUUCUAAACUCUCAUCCUCUUCUCCUUUUUCUCUCUUUGAACUUUGAAGCUAUCAUCUUGGAUUGUGUUACACUUUGAAGGUAAAAAAAAACUUGCUUUGGUCCAUUCUUCAGAAAAUAUCAUCAUGAGAUUGCUUCUUGGUCUCUUGUUUCUCUUGGCUUUAGCCACCUCUUCAAGUGCAACUUAUUGCCUAUGCAGGGAUGGAGUUGGAGAGAAAGAUCUUCAAACAUCAAUAGACUAUGCAUGUGGAGUUUUAAAAGAUUGUACUCCAAUUCAUGACAAAGGUCCUUGUUACCAACCAAACACCGUCAAGAGUCAUUGUGAUUGGGCAGUUAAUACAUAUUUCCAAAGAUCGGGUCAAAUCCCUGGGAGCUGUAACUUCUCAGGAACUGCUACCACCAGAUCAAAUCCUCCUUCAACUGUUGUUACUGGUUGCAUCUAUCCUUCAAGUCCUGGAGGCGCAGGGACAACUCUGACGACCGGGACUUCUACAGGAACACAGACGUUUCCGGGAACUCCAGUGUUUGGUCCGACCGGAGGCUUUGAUCCUUCGGGAAACAAUGGUGCUUCGAGUUUGUUCAUUUCAAUCCCUCUCACACUUGGUUUCUCCGUCAUUGCGUUUCUAUAAAAAGGCAGUGAUUAUGAAGAAAGUGAGACUUACGUUUUUGAUGUAUGGAUGAGAUUUUGCCACGUGUGAAUGCAAGUUCUUUGAGGCAGACAUCCAAUUAGGGAGUUGGGCUUUGUUGUUUAGGCUAUUUUUAUUUCAUGCAUGUAUGUAAGAAAUGCUUUAAUGGAAUCUUUCUCUAAGUGUUUACAUGCAUAGUAAAGAGUAGAGUUAAUCGAA